AUGGAGACUCAAUUGGAUAAAAUAAUGUUGGGUCUAUCAAGUCUAAUGUCAAUAGCUGUUUUGUUGGAUAUUGUUGGAGAGGCGAUUCCAAGAAAUCAAACGUUUCCAUUGAUCGGGAUUUACAUCACUGUUUGCGUCUCGAUUAUUGCCGUUGGAUGCGUGAUUUUGUUGUGGAUGCCAUUCGUGAAAGAUUUACCACUUCAAGAGAUUAAAAAGAAAAACUUCCUCCAACGAAUCCUAUCCAUAAUCUCCCGACCGAACAUCAUUUUACUCGGAAUCUUUCAAGGAUUAAACGUCAUCAAUAUCAUUGUUUUCUUCUCGUUUUGGCGAACAGAUCGUAUAAAA